AUGAGAGCUAUCAUUGAUGUGAAGGAUGAUAUAUUAACAUUCAAAAUCGAGGAAGAGGAGCUAACCGAAGAGGUUUUUAGCGUUAGUACCCUAGUAGAACUUCUUAAAAAUUGCUUGAAACAUGGUGAAACAAGUAGGAAUGAGGUUUUAAGUGUUUUAGUAAUAAAAAAUACAAUGGUUGUUGGAGGUCGUUUGCCGGGGUCCAAAGGAAUCAUGUUUGAGAAAUUGAGUAAAGGUAAUCUAUUGCUCCUAUCAUCUCAUAUACAAGUACCGGAG